AUGAAGUUCACGGCCCUCGCCCUUCUUCUACUGGGUCCAGUCCUGGGUGCUGCAAGUAGCGGUAGCACGUUGAAGAGGGUCACCGUUCCUCCUUCGGGCAAGACAGGCAGUGCCUACACCACCGACCUCUUCCAAGGCACCAACCUCAAGCAGGAACAGUCCUCGCUGAACAAUUCCGAUCUCACCUACACCCAGCGCAAUGGCAAGCCCUACUUCCAGCCUCUCGGUGCCCAGCGGGCCGGUGAGCGGGGACCAUUACUUCUCCAGGAUGUUCACAUGCUCGACACCUUGGCCACCUUCAACCGCGAGCGGAUCCCGGAGAGAAUCGUCCACGCGCGAGGCGCCGGAGCCCACGGCGUCUUCGAGGUCACCACCGACUUUGCCGAGAAGCUCUCCGCAGCAGAUGUCUUCAGGAAGGGAACCAAGACGUCCGUCACCAUGCGCUUCUCCACCGUCGGAGGUGGUCGCGGCUCUCCCGACGAGGCGCGUGAUCCUCGAGGUUUCGCCAUCAAGAUGCGCACCAAGCAGGGCAUCCUCGACUGGGUCUUCAACAACACUCCGGUGUAAGUUAUUCUUCAGUUGCCGCGUUUGGUGGGGGCCACUACUGCGGAGUAUAAGCUCAGGCAGGCUUACUGGGUAGCGCAGCUUCUUCAUCCGCGACCCCGUCAAAUUUCCCAGGUUCAUCCACACACAAAAGGUACGUGCGAGAGAGCUACACGAAACACAUCACAUACCGCAUGUGUAAUGACAGUGUAGCGACCCCGCGUGUGUAAUUACAGUGUAACGACACCGCAUGUGUUAUUACAGUGUAAUAACACCGCAUGUGUAAUGAUGACAUGAGCUGACAGCCGUGGUGCUGCUCACACAGACUGAUCCCGCGACCAAUGCACGAGACUGGAACACUUUCUGGUCCUGGCCCGCCCAAUUCCCCGAAGCCUUGCUUCAAUUCUUGAGGCUCUUCUCCGACCUUGGCACACCCUAUGGAUUUCGCCACAUGGAUGGCUGGAGCGGCCACACCUACAAGCUCGUCCAAGACGAUGGGAGCUGGGUCUACGCACGCGUCUACCUCAGCACCGACCAAGGCAUCAAGAACCUGACCGACGCCGAGGCCAAGAAGAUUGCGGGCGAGAACGACGCCUGGGCGACGCUGGACCUCUACAACAACAUCCAGGACGGCAACUACCCCUCCUGGACCGUCGGCAUCGCCACCAAGACCCAGGCCGAAGCGGACGCGUACCGCUACGACAUCCUCGACCUCACCAAGGACUGGCCCGACGCCGAAUACCACGAAGUCGGCCGCAUCACCCUGACCCAGAACCCGGACAACUACUUUGCCGAGAUCGAACAGUCCCACUUCUCCCCGGGCCAUACCGUCCCCGGCUGGGAGCCCUCCAACGACCCCGUCCUGCAAUCCCGCCUCUUCGCCUACGGCGACGCCGGCCGCUACCGCGUCGGCGCCAACGUCGACGACGUCCCCGUCAACUGCCCCUUCGCCUCCGUCGCCAACUUCGACCGCGACGGCCACCUCACCCAGCACGGCAACCAGGGGUCCCGCAAGAACUUCCCCGCGGAGUACAUCGACCCCAUCAACGUGGUCGAGCGCGCCGGCAGCGUCAUCGAGCAGGACUUGAACGGCACGACGGUCCACUGGGAAUCCGUGAUUGACGAGGAUAUCGACUACGAGCAGCCGCGGUUGUUCUAUCAAGGGUUUUCGCAGACGGACAAGGAGCAUCUGUACGGGAAUAUCGCGGGUACCUUGGUGAAUGUGGAUAAUCAGAAGGUCUUGGCCGCGCUGCUGGAACAGUUUGGCAAAGUCAGCCCGGCGCUCGAGGCGGGUGUUAAAAGUGCGUAUCAGGCUGCUACGAGUAAUGCGACGACGACGACGACGACGACGAAGCAUUGA